AUGUGGCGUCGCUUCGGUCUCGUGUGCUUCCUGCUGGGCAUGCCCCUCAGCUCCGCCGCCGACCUCAAGAUGGCCGUCACCAAGUCCUCGGCCGCCACCACCACCACAGCCGGCUCGGGCUCCGCGGCCACCUCCGGCACCUACUACGAGAGCCACACGCCUCCGGAGUACGGCGAGUUCGUGGCCAUGGACGGCGCCAAGUGCACGGACGAGGGCGACGACAUUUCCGAAGACUGCAAGGUCUACUACGGCCUGGACGGCGAGCCGGACAUCGGCCCCAUGGUCGGCAGCAACCUGCAGACGUCGGACCCGCGCGCGCCGUACCCCGGCAACUACUGGUUCUCGUUCCCCAACUCGUGCGCGCAGAAGCUGCGUGCCGACAAGACGGACGAGUGCCGUGCCGAGUACCCGGGCGGUCUGUGCCCCAUGGGCACGUCGCCUGAUGGCGUCACGUGCACGUUCGGCUACAAGAUCCUGGGCUACCUGAACAUCGACGACCUGGUCGGCAUCACGGAGAUGGGCUACAGCAACUACACGGAGUUCUGCGAGGACGGUGGCGUGGAGUUCAAGGCCACCAACACCGGCAGUGGCUUCGAGGUGGACGAGGCCAUCGACUUCUGGGAGAAGCCUGGCGACGAGGACGCCAACUCGGAGCGCGCCAAGAAGAUGGUCGAGAUGUACAACGAGCUGGCCAGCAACGGCACCAGCGCCAACAUGGAGCCUCUGCCCUCUGUGGAGACGUUGACGGCGGCCAACCCCAAGUGCUACGAGAACAACGCCAAGUGCGCCAGCUCGGCGAACGGCUGCAGCCGCACGCUGUACUCGCAGAUCUGCUCUGUCUGCUCGUCGUCGGGCGACGGCUGCGAGGCCGCCCCCUCGGACUUCUCGUUCCCCGAUCUGGAGCUGCCCGCCAACGCGUCCAAGGCCUCGUCGGACGACAGCUCGAGCUCGAGCAGCACCAAGUCGGGCUCGACCACUGACAGCGCCCAGGCCCUCUCGGACGGCAGCGGCAGCGGCAAGAAGGGAAGCAACAGUAGCAGCAGCGCUGCGUCGGCGACGAUGGCCUCGACCGCUGUGGCCCUCAUGGCUCUUGUCGCCAGCAGCCUGCUGUAAGCGUAGCGUGGCUGUGCUGUGUGGAAAUUAUCUUUACGUCCCCCCAACAUCAUGCCGACCAAGUGACGCGUUAGAUCUUGGAAGAGUUAGUGAUCAAAAUCAAUACACUACCUGCUAACACAAAAUAUGACUAAAGCGGUAAGCUUUACCAGCAGCACGCAGGCUGCAUGGUACAGCAAGCGGCUUACAAGAUUUUGCAUUC